GUUUCCUCUGUUUUCUUCCGGGAUAUAUGUGGCAAAUAAAAUGGCGUCUCUUGACAGAGUAAAAGUGUUAGUUUUAGGAGAUUCUGGGGUGGGCAAGUCUUCCUUGGUUCAUCUACUCUGUCAAAACCAGGUGCUAGGAAAUCCAUCGUGGACUGUUGGCUGCUCUGUUGAUGUUCGGGUCCAGGACUACAAGGAGGGAACCCCGGAGGAGAAAACCUACUACAUUGAACUCUGGGAUGUUGGAGGAUCUGUUGGCAGUGCUAGCAGUGUCAAAAGCACUAGAGCUGUCUUUUAUAAUUCAGUGAAUGGAAUAAUUUUGGUGCACGAUUUAACAAAUAAGAAAUCCUCCCAGAAUCUCUACCGGUGGUCACUAGAAGCAUUAAAUAAGGAUUCAUCGCCAACAGGAGUUAUCGUGUCAAAUGGCAGUGACUAUGAAAGGGAGCAGUUUGCUGAAAACCCAGUGCCUUUACUAUUGAUUGGAACGAAGUUUGACCAGAUCCCAGAGACCAAACGCAAUGAAGUUCUCACACGGACCGCCUUCCUGUCAGAAGACUUCAAUGCAGAGGAGAUUAAUCUUGACUGCACCAACCCAAGAUACCUCGCUGCUGGCACAUCUAAUGCUGUGAAACUUAGCAGAUUCUUUGACAAGGUAAUAGAAAAAAGAUACUUCACAAGAGAUCCAAGUCAGAUGACUGGCUUCACAGACAGGAAACGGUUCAACUUCAAAAGUUUGCACUAUGACUAACAGCUUCAUCUGUGGUUUCAUUCCAUCACCUUUUUGGCUGCUCAACCACAAGUCAACCGUCACUCACUGAUACAAAGAUGCCUUUAAAUUGACAUUUCUUCAAAAAUGUGUUUAUUGAUCAAGUAUAAGGAUCAGAGUAAAGCAAAAUUUAGAAAAAGUCAAAGUUCUUAUUUUUUCCUUCCAAACCAGGUCCAAAUUCUCAAUGUUUUUUUUCUGUAAGCCAUGUGAGUUAAUAACAUUGUAAUAAAGACCAGUAGUCUUGGCUUAUGA